AUGUCCCACGACCGCCCCCGCCCCCGCUCCCGCGGUUACUUUGAACGCGACGGCCACAUCCACGAACGCAUUACUCUCCGCUCCCCCUCCCGUUCUCGUUCUCGUUCUCACUCCCAUCCCCAUCUCCAUCCACACCAUCGCUCCUCCUCCCAACCCCGCCUCACCACCCGCGAAAUAGCAAAUGAACUCGAAGAACGCAACGCCGAACUCCAUGCCAUUACUACGUCCCUCCAUACCGAACUCGCUACCCUCAAAGGCAAAAACUGGCAGCUAAUAUGUGAUAAUGGGGAAUGGAUGGAGAGGGUACGCAUAUUGAAGGUAGAGAAGGAGAAGCUGAAGAGGGAAAAUAGGGAAAAAGAGAGGGAGGUGGGAGAAUUGGUGGAGAGGGUGGGGUUGAUGAGGAGGGGGGUGGUGGGGAGGGGGAUAUUGGUGGAAGAGGGGUUGAGGGAGAGGUUGGAGGAAAUGGUUGUUAAGGUGGAGGGGUUGGAGGAGAGGGUUAGGGUGUUGAAUGGGAGGGUUAAGGAGAAGGAUAGUAAGUUGGAUUAUUUGAGGAGGUGGUUGGUUGCGAAGGGGUAUCGUGUUGAGGGGGUUUGA